GUUGGAUCAGUGUGUGACAUUAAAAGUUAGAAAAUUGUGGAAAUGAGGGCUGUCGGCACGUUUUGGAUUGUAGCUUUUAGCCUUCUUGCCGUUUGGUAUUAUUCAGUUUGCUUGGCAAAGCCAAAAAUGCAUAACUUCAGAGUGACCAGAAUUGAGUGUGAGGAUCUAGAUCCAAGGGUGGUUUACAACUACACCUGUACAACUCGCAACAUUAGCCGCACCCUUAGGGCCCACAAUAUCAGAAUAACAUUCUAUCCGAAUAUGACGUUUAAUGAUAUGCACGUCCAAAUAAAUUACAACCACAAGGUGAACAAUGUUUACCGCAGAUCGCUCAUCAAUAUGGAGGAAGACUUUUGUGGAUUUUUGGCUGGAACUUCAAGAAGCGUAUUACUGAAGAAACUAUGGGCAUUUGUGAAGAGAAGUAGCAACUUGCCUGACUCUUGCCCGAUUGUUGGAUUUGUGAAUGUUACUGAUCUGGUUUUUGAAGAUACUUUCCUUCCAUCAGCGUUACCGGCGGGGGAAGCAAGGAUCGAUAUACAUGUUCGUAAUGGUACAAAGCGUAUUUCAAUGGUAAUGGCGAAGUUUUUCAUUGAAAUCAAACCCAAGGGUUUUUAA